UGAUUUUUCAUCUCAUCUACCAUCUUGGAAGGCCGAAGCUACCAUUCAAGCAACAAAAUUCGUUUUUCUUAGAGUUUAAGCGUUGUUCAUGUGUAUUUCAUAUGUAAAAAUUCCACUAACUAUAAUCUGGAGUGUUGAAGUCAUAAAAUAUGUGAAUAAAAUACUUUUAAUGCCUAUUGGCGUGCGUUAAGUCUUUAUUAGGUUUUGUGGUACAGUUAAAGCAAUUGUAUGUAUAUUUGAAAAUCAGAAAACAUAUUGUGAAUGUUGUAUAUGAAGUUAGAUUGUUAGCGAAAUAUUUAACAAAUGACGGGAAGUUUUAGAGUACAGCUCGUAAAUAUGGGCACAAGAGGAGCUGCUUUUCAAGCGAAACUACGUUGCUUGCAUGAGUAUCAUGUACGUCUUUUAAGUAAUCAAAUACCUGCGCCUUCGGGGUCUGACAUUGGAAAUACUAUAAAAUAUUUCUCGCAAACAUUACUGACUGUCUUAAAAGAUGUACCAUGUUCACCUCUAGAAAUGAUCAAAGACCCUUCUCUUGAUCAAGCUAGGAUGUCUAGUUAUCCAAACCUCGAAUAUCAAAAUUUGUACAACGCUCUCACUAUGUUGCUGGAUGUUGCGUCCAAUAUCCAAAGUGGACUAACCUUGUUUGGAAAAGCUUUUUUGCAAAGCCUUGGAUGCAUCUUGCCGUUUCUGGAUAAAGAUCUUAUCGAUAAUUUGCCGUAUCUCACGGCAUCUUGCAUUUCGGUACUACCAUCUUCGCUACAUCAGGACAUCAUCAACUAUUUGUGCUAUUAUAUUCUACCAUUCACCAUUACACGCCAAAGUGACGAUGACCAAGAAUGCCAUGCCUGUCAAUCUGUGUCCGCAGUCAUCAUGUUGGUGUUUCAGUACUCGAACAAUCCAGCCCAUCAUUGUCAACUAUUAGAGUCUUUAAUGAGAUUAAAGCACAAUGUAGUGAAAGAUUUGUUAUGUGUAAUUGCUUAUGGAACAUCAGCGAGUAGGGCUUCUGCUGCCAAACUUCUGUUCUAUUACUGGCCUGCAUUCGACCCGAAUUUAUUCGAUCGUAAAGGAUUAUUGUGCAAAUUCACCAACAACUUGAUUCCUUUUGUCUGUCAACGAGAGUCAUGCCCAAAUGCAGGUAACGCAGAAGCCGUCAAAGUGUGUUACAACCAUUGCAUUAGCAUAUUAUAUGCAGUCGAUUCUCCUCCACCGCUUUAUUUGUGCAUAGAAUGUGCAAACGAAAUACACAGGGAUCAUCCUGAUCUUUCAUUUGGAGAUAUUUUACAUCCUAUGCAGCAAGUCUCUAUGAUAUGCGAAAAUAAGAAUUGUCGAUCUACAGAUAAAUCGGCAGUGUCAAUAUGUUUCUCGAGCGAAUGCGCCAGCUACAAUGGCAAUCAUCCAAUCAGGUAUUGCGCACAAUGUCACGGAAACCGGCACAACAGUAGACGAGGUAUUGAUCACAUAGUUCAUCGCAGUCUACCACCGAUGAUGAUGAUGGAUGCAGAAAUGCAAACGUACAUGGUUGAAGCAGUUAUAAGUUUACUGAGAGAGGCCAAGCCAUUGAAUAUGGAUUUUGGACGAGAUUUGUCGAAUGAAACAAAAAUGAAUGCAUCCAAUGGCACUCAAGACACACUUACAUUAGAAGAUCGUCAGCUUUUGGGUCGCUAUGGUAUAUGGCUGUUAGUUGGUAGGUGUAAACCAACUACUGACACUCCAGUUGAGAUUCUUGGACGAUUGCUGUCUAUGUUAUUUCAUUGGUUCCAUAUUACCGCUUAUUCCUACGAUGGACAAGCAGAAAGUACUUUAGAAAAAUUAAAGCUUGAUCAUGUAUGCGGGUGGUUAAAAGACGUGUGCUCAAGCCAUUAUAAAGAGUUCAUUGACUGUCUGCUGCCUCAUCCACCUGAGUACGCCAGAGUUGGAGGACAUUGGGACACCUUAGCAUCUAGAACAUCACAUUUGAAAGAAGGAUUGCAACGCUUGAUUUGUUUGAUUCCGUACGAAAUCAUUACACAACAAAUCUGGGACACUGUUAUGCCUCAUUGGAUGGAAGCGAUUACAAAUGAUGUCCCAGAAAAGGAACUACCGGAAUUAAAAAUAGUACUCAGCAAGAUAUUAGAUCCGGAUAUGUCUCCUUUGGGAUUCGACGCGGAAGCUAUGUACAGUUUUGUUACAAUUCGAUUUGAAAAAACAACAGCUAAAGUACAACAACAAGCAUUACACUGGUUGCAAAAUCUUACCAAAUUAGAAAUCUUGAUCCCACUACAGCAAUUGUUUUCAAUGUUUGGUGACGGGGUUCGAAUUAUGAAACAUGGGAUGCAAACUGAUUUUCAUAAAGAUAGAGAUGGUAAAACGGGUAGCGGAAGUAAAUUAGCAAAAGAAAAAGAGGGCCCAACAACACGUAGAAGUUCUAUUUCUCCAGUUAAAGAAGACGACUCCGGCAAUACAUCCGCCAUUUCGGACGAUGAAGCACCGAUCUCCCGACACACCGAAUUUUCUACAGAUGCGGAACACAAUUUGACAUGCUGUAUUCUGAUGCUUGAUAUACUAUUAAAGCAGAUGGAGUUACAGGAAAUAGAACAACACAGUGGAAUUUACACAACAGUAUCUGAAAGCGUGUGUCGCUUGCUCAAAUGCAUGGUUACAGCCGCGAAAGUUGGAUUAGGAAGUCAUAUUUGUUUGUCAAAGGAAUGCGGAUACUGCGAAGCAUCGGUAAUGUGGCAUCAGAUGUCUACGAAGCUGGUACAAUAUUUAGCACCUUUAAAUCCAGUCCGACCGCCAGAUCCUCCACUGGUAGAGGUUAUUGAAGAUGAAAAACCAUCCAGAAAAAGCCCGCCCGAAUCGGAAAAAGAUAACAAAAACCGUGAUCGAGAUGUAUCACUUUCGAUGGCUCCUUUGCCUAUUCCUCUCGGUCCUCUAGUUGUACCUUCUCUCCUAGAUGACGUUGGGAAAAUUAUAAUUAUGGCAGGACCUGUUCCGGUAGCGGUUCCUCAACCUGAACCUCACUCGGUUGGUGGCGUGUUAGUGCAUAUGCCGCAUGUUUGUUCUAUUCCUGAACGUGGACGUGAAAAGGAUAUUUCUCAAUUCAUACACGCCACAGACGAGAUAAUGACGGCUACUGUAGAGACCGUGAGUGAACAACUUGACCUGGCAGCCAUUAUUCCUUCUGAGAAAGUCGUUACCGCUGUAGCAAGAUCGGUUACACUAUCGGAUGCCGAUGUCGCCACCGCUACGGUACAGAUAGCGAAGCCAACCAUUGUAGGUGAAACAUAUCAGGACUUGAAGGACUGUGAUGAUACUGAUACUCACCGCGAUCUGGACGAUCGAGACAAUUUUUGGCACACUUCAGUUGGAAAAUUUAAAUUUUCCAUUGACAAUUUACCGCAGUCUUUGCAAUAUAUAUAUCAGCUAUUAAAAGAAAUCCCAACUAUAGAGAAACCUGAUAUCUUAUAUUAUAUACUACAAUGUUUAAAAAUAAUGGUUUUGCAUGGUGACGCUUUUACUAAAGCAGCUCGUGAUGAUCGUGGGUUUUUCAUUUGGUGCCAAGAAAAUUUGUUGAUUAGGAAUUUGUGGGAAGUUUGCAAUGCUGAUCAUUCGCAUAUCUGCGAGGUGGCCGUUCCAACUUUACUACAUACAAUUACUUUACCUUUAGGAUCCGAUGUGUUCUGGAAUGUUGUUCAAGAUGCUUUUCAUGAUAACGAUUGGAGGGUUAGGUUCCAGGCAGUUGAACGUGUAACAGUUAUCACCAGGUUUUUAGAUUCAACACCUUUGCGGUCGGAAGUCGGUUUGCAAGCAUCUCUUGCAACAGCUUUCUGUCAUCUCAUUGCUGCAUGCGACGAUUUAAACGUUCACGUAGCACAACGUGCGACUUUGUACCUUGGGACUAUCCACGACAAAGCUAUACAGGCAUUACUAUUCUGUCUAGAAUCUCAGUUUGAUAUGUUCAUUGUGGACAGACCUGUUGUAUUACAAUCAGUGUAUCAACUACAUAACAUGCUGUCAGAUCGAAAAGUGUUAACAUGGGACUUCUUUUUAAAUCGUUUCGAUACCCUUUUCGUAGAAGCGCAAGUGAAUCUCGAGAAAAAUGGAGAUAUCUCACAUUUACGUGAUCUUCGUAACUCAGAAAACGGCAGUGAAAUACUGUCUACUAAAAUAAAUAAAGCUAGAGAAGCAUUAAGCCAAUCAGAUACGUCUGGCAGUAUGUCUAAAACUUUAAGUGCAUCAUUUGGAACAAAAUGGCCAUAUAAGCGUACUAUGUCUGCACCUGCAACAAUAAUACCCAGACAGGAAUCGAAAAUUGAAAAGGAAAAAGUGUACAACCGACAGAUAUCAGCACCGAUACUGAAACGGAAAAGCUCCAGAUUUGGAUUGGAUGGCCAUAUUCAUUCCAUUGGUGGACAUGGAGAUGAAUUUAAUGUAUCUGGUUGUUUAUAUCGCAUAAUAGACCUUGAAGAAUCAGACAAGGAAACGAUUCACUUGUUGGUAUUCUUAUUGAUGCAAUUUAUGUCUCGUGCUGAUUUAGCCUACCCAACUGAUGAAAAGCCAAUGGUGAAACAGCAGUCUAUUGUGCUCAGACAUCUUUAUCUCUUGCUAGGCUACAAUCAAACAGAAAAAAUAUUCCACAUUCCUCCUACCAGAUUACGUACAUCGGCCGUUUUCAAUUCGUUUAUGGCAAAUUUACCCCAGGUUUUAGAUCAAAAUCAUUUAAUGGGCUGGAUUUUACUAUCAACCGUAAUACAAGUGUUGUUAUAUGCGCCAAAUCAAGGCAACGGCUUAUUACAAUCUGGGACUGAAUCAAUGCCUAGCAUAGCAUACACUUUUUCUUUGUGGUACAUGGAAAGUCACAUUCGUCGCAACUGGAUGAUGUCGCUGCUAGUUAUAUUGUAUAAAUAUCAAUAUAAUCAACCACCGUAUGCUGAUCAUAUCCAAAACCUAAUACGCAUAAUUAUCAACUCAUUAGACUCUCACUUUCAUCAGUGUAAGCGAAUUCCAGCUACUGUAGUGAUGGACAUACCAGCUACAAGAUCUCGCGAUUUGAGCCAACCUUCAUUAGGAACUGAAGAUGAUAAGUUGCAGGAUACUCCUCCUCCUAGCCCUAUUAUACCUCCUGAAGGCCAGCCACCUUCACACGGACACUCAUCCAAACAUAAAACACAGAAAGCGAAUUCCCUAGGUUACAGAAAAUAUCCUGAUUCUAGUUUGGAAGCUGAUGAUACUGAAUCAGAACUAGUUGCCAUUCCCGAAAGUGAUCUCUCUGAUAGCACUUUACAAGGAAGUAGUGCUCCAGGAUCAUUUGAUGAUACUGUUCACUUCGAUGAUAUUUGUGCACCACUCAAACCGGAGCAAGUUAAGAACAAAAUAACCGUUCAUGUUACAACAGCAAAUUUGGCAACAGCCCAAGUUGCGAUUUCAACGAUUACAACCGGAGAAAAGGAUGAUAAAACUGAGCUAUCAAAAAAACUACACAAAAUCAUUUCGUCCUCAAGUGGAAACGAAAAAAGCUCAGACCCAGCUACAAGCGGUAUUGUUAUACAUAAAACUUCUCCUACUACCCCGGUAAGCAAAUGUUCAGUACAAGAAGGCGUUCGCAUGAUGGUCACCUCAUCAAUGCUUGGUCAACCGAAAGCACAAGCAAUUUUAAAUCCACCGGCGAAUGUCCAGAAAGCAGUCGUAGUAACUCAAGACACAGCAACCGUUAUUAAUAGACAAAAAGAUAGCGCAUUCACGAAAGCUGCUACAGGAAUAUCAUCGACGCAAAUACCGCCUGCUGAAUCAGGAAGACAGAACAAGCCUAAACCGUUAACUACUAGUCAAGAACCUUACUCUUAUUGGUCAGAACAAAGAUCUGUUUCUCCUGCUCAAAAGACGCUAGGCAGACAAAAACGCAUAAUUGAACCUAGUCUAACCCCAGCCAGUACACCAACUUCCAAUAAUGGUACACAACAAAACGUAGAGGAAGGACUUAAAAUGACCCACAGAAGCCAAAUCCAACAUUUCGGAAGAACAAACAACUAUGCAUCGCCCGAAACACCGCUUUCGAAGAUGGAUCUGAUGAUACCCCCUUUAACGUUGGAUGCAGGAGAAGAAUUGUUAAGCCCCAAGAGUAUUGCACAGCUGGAAAUACCAACACCAGAGCGUCUGUUACCAAUCGGACAACCUGGUAAAGAGAGCAUAUCGGCCUUAGCUGAUAGAGUUCGAGAAGCUUUGACGAUUCCCGAUAUUCGCCAUUUAAAACAGGAUAGUUUUGAUAAAUCUGACAGUAUUGGCAGUAACAGAGAAGAUAUUACUUCCAGUAGCAGGGCUGCAUCACCUCGGAAACUAAUCAAGCAGGUAGCGUUAGAGUCACCACCUCAAAUCGAAGAUAUUCAAAGCACUGCUGCGCGAAAUGCAUUUGCGAAAUCCAAUAAAACCAUACGGGAAGCCACUGGUAUUCGGCAACCAAGACAACGUAGUAGAAAGACUGGACCAUUUGCAAUAGGUUCAUUUAGCUCAUCUGAUGGCAGAAUGCGAUAUGCUGGGUCGUGGGCUACAUCGAGCAAGGAAUAUUCGGAUGACGAAGAACAACAACAAGAGAGUAAUGUUAGCUCGGAAAAACCGAGUGCAUCUAGAAUUGGCGACGAAUGCGUUUGUGAGCGAUGUGCCGAAUGUGGGGCUAUAAAGGAAGAAUAUACAGAUGAAGAAAUGGGUAUAAUGUUAAUUAUAUUGGGAACAUUUAUCCACAGAGAACCUGCUUUAGCUGCACCUUUUCUUCCUGAAGUUCUUACUACGGUUUCGAGAGUUGCUCUUCAUUCAACUUUUCCAUGGCAGUGUGAAAGCACAACUCAUUUACCAGGAGGAUCCCAAUCGGUAGCCCAUCAACUUAUACGCUGCGUUUUACAUCAAUUAGCACCAAAUGGAGUAUUUUAUCAAAUAUUUUUGUCUCAAGCAAAUGAAUCUGUUCGCAAGAAAUUUUUCAAAAGUGUUAUUACAAGUUUAACCGACUUCUCUGAGCUUAAUCCUACAAGUCCUGUUCAAUUACUGGUUGAAACAUUGAACUCGAAGAAAACUUUGCCAGUGGAUACGCUACCAGUCAUUUUACGUAAUUUAUCUGAAUACUUACAAUGUGUAUCUAUUGACAGCAUCGGUGGUAAUGUAUGGUCGACGGCCGUGCAAGGAAUUGAUAGCCUAUUUCGUCGAAUUGUAUUCAUUCUUCCAAGUUUGGACGAAGCGGACAAUUUAUUGCACAUCAUGACAUCUAUUUUAAAGGUGCCACAGCUUUCGAAGAAUGUUCUGGAACCGUUUUCUAAAAUUUUGAGCUACGGAAUUCAAAAUCUCACCUUGACUCACAAAGUUCUAGUAGACUUAUGCUAUCUCAAUAUCCGAGCAUUUUCUAAAGAGCGUGAUAAACUGCAGCUGUGUAGGCAAAUGGUGUUUGAACUAGUGCAAGCACUAAAAUUCAAAACAAAUAUCCCAGAUUGCAAUCUUCUACUUUUGGUCGGAAUUUUGCUGCAAGAUGCUGGCGGUUCUAUGCCCCCCGGAAUAAUUGAAGAUUUACCAGAUACGCCCCGUUCAUACAGCUGCAACAUAGCAGAAUGUAUGAGACAAACAUAUUUAAACGACAUCAUGGAGUUUCUAGCGGAUUUUCAUACUCUUAGCAAAAUCAAGUUUCUUUUUACUUCACGACAGAAUUUUAAAACUGGAGGAUUAUCGACAGGACUAAGUGAGGAUACGCUGGGAGGUGUACUCAAAGGUGCUAUAGCGCAGUAUCUCGCACUAGAAAUGUCGCGAGGUAAUUCCAGAGACAAUCGCACGGUCUCAAGGUAUCUUCCAUGGUUAAACAAUGCACCAUCUUCAUUACAGCAAGGACCCAAGGAGUUUACUGAUUGUGUAGGCCAUAUGCGCCUAUUAUCGUGGUUACUAAUGGGUUCGUUAACACACACAGCCCUAAUGUCGAAACGAGGUGGCCAAAUUGGUCAACACGGAGCCUCUGUACACUACCAUCUUCACCAUCCGGUUAACACAGUUUCGCAACCUGUACCGCAGGAAUCCAGUUGUCACAUCGCUGAUCAUAUUCAAGUUAUUUUUGCUGGUUUCGCAGAGCAGUCGAAAACAUCUGUUUUGCAUAUGUCAUCACUUUUCCAUGCGUUUACAUUAUGUCAGCUUUGGACUGUGUACUUGGAACAGAUUGCUUGUGUUGCCGCUCCGUCUACUGAAUCACACAAUAUAACCAUGGGCGUCUUAUUCGAAUUUUGGGCCAAAGUAACUCCCUGCAUACUGCAACUUGUUUCUCACUCAAAGCUUUCCGAAAGCGUCAACUUACACUUUCUCAGCUUGUUGGAAGCCCUCAAAGAAACUCGUUCAACUAUUCUGGCUAAACUAUUGCCUUUGUGGACUCCAGUAUUAUCAUCCAAUACACAGCUAUCUGGAACGUUGCAUGUGCGAUUGCAAAACUGUCGUGAUGCAGUGCCCAAUGCCACUGAUCAAGAUUUGCAUGUUUCAGAGGCACUACUCAAAUGGUUACAACGUCUUCAGUUUAAAAUGGGUCAAAUUGAAUUACAAUCGUCAACGGCAACACAAUUUUAUUCUAUUUAAUCAUGAGUGUUAUACCUGUACUACAUUCAAUAAACAAUUGCAAUGUGUAAAGAUA